CUCGCAUGUUCCAAUUCCAAAUAAUCUCGACCGCGCCGCCGUUGAAGCCAAUUACUCCCUCUUCUUCUUCUGUAUAAUGGCUGACGUUGCCGAUGAAUCCAAAUCGCAGCCGGAAAAGCUGCCGACUUCCUUCAGCAUUUGGCCGCCGACUCAGCGCACUCGCGAUGCCGUCAUCAACCGUCUCAUUGACACUCUCACCGCUCCUUCUAUCCUCUCCAAUCGUUACGGAACUCUCCCUCAAAACGAGGCCGAAGAGACCGCUCGUCGCAUAGAAGAUCAUGCUUUUAACACUCUUUCUGCCUCCGCCUCUCAAGAUGACGACGGCAUCGAGAUUCUCCAGGCCUACUCCAAAGAAAUCAGCAAGGGAAUGCUUGACGCUGUCAAGGCCAGAUCUACACCACCCAGUCAACCCGAGUCGGCGCCGGUGGAUCUAUCUGCUCCUGUCAGUGAGGAUACUUCUUCUAUCAAGAGUGAUUAGUAAUUUCUGUUGGGUUUUGUUUGUGUCUUAAAUUAUAGACUAGGGUUUCGGUUAUUUGUACUGCUAUCCCCUUAUAUUAGUAAUCUUAUUUAUUCUGGAUUUCCAACUAUGACAGAAUAUUUAUACUAUUUGGGUAUCUGAACUGACUCUGGAUAUCUUUCAUUUUGAUAA